GUUGUAUUAGAAUUGAAUAUCCGAUUGAGUAUUGGGAAAGAAGUGUUAUAACUGGUAACUAUCUACUCUUUAGUUGUGUGUCUUUUGUUUUAUUCUUUUAUUGACUUUUUGCUUUAACUUAUCUUUAAAUGACUGCAACCGAUAUUAGAAUUGACCAGGAUAAGUUUGGUGAAUGCUAUGCUUACCCUUCAUCUAGAAGAGUGGUAUCACCAAAAGAUUUUGAAGGGAAUGAUAAGCUCAAGCUUAGUGGAAGAGUCUUGAACGUGUUACCACUGUUACCAACUCAAAUUUAUAAGACGGUUGAUUCGAGUACUAAUAAUGAAAUUUGGGAUGUUGAACCAGUUAGAGGUAAUUCUGCUUUAUAUUCGUCGCAGUUUUUCUUGGAUCAACAAACUGAAUGGGAAACUCAUUUAAUUGGGUGGACUGGUGAAUUGGUUAAUAAAGUUAAUAGUACUACUAAAGUCUUGAGUGAAAAUAUUCAAGAUGAUCCAUUGUAUUUAGACGAUAGAGAUAAAGAAGAAUUAGAAUCUAGAAUUAGAAAAUGUUAUAAAUCAGAUAGAAUUCAUCCGGUUUGGUUGUUAAGAAGAGAUCAACAAAGAUGGAGGAAAUAUGCAGAAAACGUUUUAUGGCCAGUAUUCCAUUAUAUUCAAGCACCUCCAUCUGAUGGGAGAGAAGAAGCUAAUGCAUGGCAUGAUUACGUUAAGUUCAAUGAGGUUUACUUUAAGAAAAUUAAAAGUAUUUAUAAACCGGGAGAUAUAAUAUGGAUUCAUGAUUAUUAUCUUUUGUUAUUACCCCAAUUAUUAAGAAUGGAAUUUCCAAAUGCUUAUAUUGGUUUAUAUAUUCAUGCACCAUUUCCUUCUUCAGAAUAUUUCCGUUGUCUUUCGAAAAGAUCCCAUUUAUUAGAUGGUAUGUUGGGUGCUGAUAAAAUUGCUUUCCAAUCAGAAUCUUUCCAAAGACAUUUUUUAAGUUGUUGUUCUCGUGUUUUAGGGUUUGACGUUACUAAAGAUAAAGUAUUGGCGUAUGGUACUAAUAUAUCAGUUGAAACUUUACCAAUUGGUAUUGAUACUGAAAAAAUUGAACACGAUGCUUUUAGUAAAGAUUCGGGUGUUGAUAAAAAAGUCAAAGCUUUAAAACAAAUUUAUCAUGAUAAAAAGAUUAUUGUUGGUAGAGAUCGAUUAGAUUCGGUUAGAGGAGUUAUUCAAAAAUUACAAGCUUUUGAAACUUUUUUACAAAUGUAUCCUGAAUGGAGGGAUAAAGUUGUUUUAAUUCAAGUUUCAAGUCCUGGAUUUUCACAUAGUUCUAAAAUUGAAAGUAAAGUGACUGAAUUAGUUAAUCAUAUUAAUAGUGAAUAUGGUAAUUUGAACUCAACUCCAGUUUUACAUUAUCAAAUGAGAAUUAAUAAAGAUGAAUAUUUAGCUUUAUUAAGAGUUGCAGAUUUAUGUUUAAUCACUUCAGUUAGAGAUGGUAUGAAUACUACAUCCUUAGAAUUUGUUAUUUGUCAAAAAAAUAAUCAUUCGCCUUUAGUUUUAUCUGAAUUUACUGGUACAGCUUCUGUUUUAGAUAGUGCCAUUUUGGUUAAUCCUUGGGAUUCAGUUGGUAUUGCUAAAACUAUAAAUGAUUGUUUUUCAAUGAGCUCAAAAGAUCUUGAUUCUUUAGAAACUGUUUUAUAUAAAAAAGUUACUUCAAAUACUAUUCAAAAUUGGACUUCUAAUUUCCUCACUCAUUUAAUUCAACAAGUUGAUUCAUCUCAUCAAUCAUUUUAUACACCGGCCUUGAAUAGACCAUUAUUAUUAAAUAAUUAUAAGAAUUCUGAAAGAAGAUUAUUUUUAUUUGAUUAUGAUGGUACUUUAACUCCAAUUGUUAAAGAUCCAGCUGCUGCAAUUCCUUCUUCAAGGUUAAAUAAAAUAUUGGACGCUUUAGCUGCUGAUCCUAAAAAUCAAAUCUGGGUUAUUUCCGGUAGAGAUCAAGCAUUUUUGGAUAAGUGGUUAGGAUCUAAAAAUAUUGGUUUAUCAGCAGAACACGGCUGCUUCAUGAAGGAUGUUGGCGAAAAAAAAUGGGCUAAUUUAGCUGCUGCUUUCGAUAUGUCAUGGCAAGUUAAAGUUGAUGAAGUUUUCCAUAAAUAUACUGAAAAGACUCCUGGUUCAAAUAUUGAACGUAAAAAAGUUGCAUUGACUUGGCAUUACCGUCGUGCUGAUCCAGAAUUGGGUAGCUUUCAAGCGGAGCAUUGUAUUAAAGAAUUGAAAGAAUCGGUUGCAAAAGAAUAUGACGUUGAAAUCAUGUCUGGUAAAGCAAACAUUGAAGUUAGACCUCGUUUUGUAAAUAAAGGUGAAAUCGUUAAAAGAUUAGUGUUAAACCCUCACGGGGCUAAACAAGAUACUCAUUCUGUGCAUAAAACUCGUGAUGAUGUUCCAAUUGAUCAAUUACCAGACUUUAUGAUGUGUCUUGGUGAUGAUAUGACUGAUGAAGAUAUGUUCAGAUCAUUGAAAGAAAUUGAAGCCGAAUGGCACUUGAAAGAUUUACCCAAAAAUAAAUUUGGUUCUUAUGGUGUUUAUCCAAUUGCUGUUGGACCUGCUUCCAAACAAACCAUUGCUACAUCUCAUUUGAAUGAACCGGCACAGGUGUUAGAAACAUUGGGCCUAUUGACUGGUCAUGUAUCAUUAUUCGAAAGUGCUGGUUCUGUUGAUUUAGAUGAUCGUGGUCAUAUAACAAAUAGUGAAUCUUCCGAAAGAUCAAAGUCUGCAAUUAAAGCUGCAAGUUUGAAAAGGGACGCCAGUUUGAACUCCACUAAACGAUAGAAUUUCCCUCUACUUAUUUUUAUUCUUUUACUUAAAUUCUGUUCUUCAUAUCAUAUACAUGUAAUAUAUACAUAUAUACAUUCAUUCAAAUAGUUCAGCAUGGUAAGUAAAUGGAACAUUAUUCCAUCUGCGGAGGCAUUAAUGUAUCUCCGGACGCCCAACAAAAGCUUCAACGUUCACUGCGGAAUUAACUGG